AUGUUUGAAGAUGUAUUCGAUGUUAGAAUCCACGAAGGAGCUGACAAGGGGAGUCGGCUGACGAUGAGUCAAGAACUACAGAAAUCAACGGAACCACUUGGACACUGCUUCGGACAAUUGGAGACUGACGUGGAUUGGAUCGAAUGGAAAUCGAGUCGAAGUGCUUUUUAUACUUCGGCUCAAAUGCCUCUGUCCGCUACAAAGAACUCGAAUAAUCUAGUGGGAACCCUUCAUUUACUCUGUGCUGGAAACCAAAUGCACACAUUCCCAUUCCGUGUCCACAUCACUCAUCGAAACCAUCAUCCCCCUACUUUCUCCAAGAACUCUUAUAAGUUCCAUGUCCCAACAACUCUCCCAAUUGGAUCAGUCAUCGGAAUGCUUGAAGUGAAGGAUCAGGAUCCAGUCAUCUAUAAUUCUGAACGAAAACUAGCUUUCACAAAAGAUGAACCGCUAGUCGAAAUCCUUCAAGACGGAACAUUCAAACUGAAAUCAGACUUGAGUAUUCUGACUCCAUACACUCCUCAAAGAAUGCAAAUUCUUGCGAUAGACUAUGGAAGUCCUCAACUAUUCACAAUUGCCAAUAUCACAGUAAUCCCGGUGACAGUAUCCAUGGUACGGGAGUUACAUGUGAAUGUGGCGACUGAAGAAUAUCAAAUAUUCGAAUGGGAACAUCCUCAAUAUGGGACAGUUGAUAAAUAUCGGCUGAGCAUUCGAAGAGAUGAUCAGGUGGUUUACGAGGAAGAAUUGGAAGCAGCGAAGACGUUGGCUUUGACAAAAAUAACCUUGUCGAACACGAUGAACGUCAGUUUUCAAGUGACUGCAAUUGACGAGAAUGGGGAGACGUCAAGUGAAUGGACACAGAUUGGACCUAUUGAUAGAGAUGUAAUCUGCAAGGGUGAAUGCUCACGUGGAGGGACACCUCUCUGUUAUGUCGGCUCUUUUAAUAGGAUCGAGCAAUUUGUGGAUUCUCGAGGGGCUCAUUGUCUUUGUUAUCCUGGAUUCAUGGGUGUCUCAUGUGAAACUAUUGAUCGAUGUGGUCCGGAGAGAACCGUCGAUAUAUGGGGAGGGGUCGAUUGGACUGAAGUGAAUACGAAUAUCUCAUUGUUGGUUCCAUGCCCUUACAACCCGGUCACCGAAAACAAAUUUCUCGAACGACGCUGCUCAUGGGACUCGGAAGCGGGACGGGCGAUAUGGGAACGACCGCAGGAUAGGAACUCAUGUCAGACACAAACAUCUGUGUUGGCACAUCUUGGGCUCAUAGGGACCUACUCGGCGAAGGCGGCCACGAUUUCGGCUAUUAAUACGGUGACGAGAUUCGUCCGUGAUCUUCUCUCAUACCCUUCCUUCUCUCGGGAACUAUCCAAACAUGCUCAAUUCGAUCAGAAGAUUGCUGAAAUGACAGCUCUAAUUCUCGACGCUGUUGUCCAAGCGGAUCUAGACCGUAUUCCUGGAAACACUACAAUGCUUCGAGCAGACACGUGGAGAGUCAUCGAAUCUUUCUCCCUCACUCUUCCAAUUCCGUAUUCCUUGUCCUCUCCGGAUAAUGGAAUUCAUAUGAAAGCAAUUGAAUGGGUGAAGCAUGCCGAACCAAAUGAUAAUCUGAUCGGAAAGAAGUGUAGACUCCAGCUUCCUUCGACUGAUGAGAAUCAUGUCAUUCGAGUUGUCUGCGCAUCCAAUGGCACGUUAUUCGAGUUACUUGAACCAAAAAGUCCAGUUAUUUCGGUGAAACCGGAUAGUCAAGAGCCAUUUGGAUCCACGAGAAUGUCGAUUUAUUUGAGAUAUCCAGAUACCCUUGACAACUACACUUGUGUCUAUUAUGAUGAAGAAGCGGGAGCAUGGUCGACAAAAGGAAUCAGAAGAAUAGAGCAUAACUAUCAUGGAUAUGUCAAGUGUGAGACAAAUCACUUCGGAAUUUUCUCAUUGCUACCGGACCGACUAUUCUAUAAUUCCGAGUCAUUCUGGAAGGAUCUGGCGUCUCAUAUGCCUACUGUAACAUCACUCGUCACAUUGGUGUGUACAGUAAUGCUUCUUUUCAUGGCAGCCGUUCAGAAAAACCAACCGAUCGACUGUGCCUUCCUCUUCUACCUUUUCUUCGUCUUCAUGAUUCAUCUAUCUCAUCUUCUCCUAUUUUUGGCACCACAAGUCGGAGAACCAUUCACUUUUUCAACACUUCUCCACUUUGUUCUUCAGUUUUGUGUCAUCGCCUCAUCUGGAUUACUGUGUUUGGUUCUCUAUUCAAUCCACACUACAAUAAUCAGCUACGACAUCAAAGAGGAGGAGCCACAAGGAUGCUUCUCGAGGCCGUUACAUGUUUUUGGAAUGGGAAUUCUGACUCCCUCACUAUUCACCUUCACAACUUACUACUUUCUUGACGGUCGGGAUUUGGAUAUAGGAAGACUUUUUGAGAGAACUGAUUGGCUAUUCAUCUCGAAUUAUCUCCUACCAACAGCAGUUUUAUUCUCAAUUUCAAUUGUUUAUGCAGUAUGGAAUGUCUACAUUGCUAGUGGAACAAGAACAAAUCGAAGAUGCUCUUCGGAUAGACUUCUAGCAUUGGGACCAGCUAUCAAUGCAUCUGUAACUUCUCUUUUUAUGGUUUUCUUCUUCUGCUCCGCACUUCUUCUUUUCUUCUUCCGUGAGCACUCCCCAAUGGCUAUCUUCUUCUUCUGCAUGUUCCAAUUCUUCCACGUCGUCACUGCAUUCUUCUUCGCUUCUUAUUUGUUCAGACUCCGAUUCCUUCUUCAACGUGGAUUCGACAGCAACGACUCAACUGAUUCUCUCGAAAGAAAGAGAGACAUUUCCCGUGCACUUCUGGAACAUGUCGACACCAAAAGUGACAUUGCAUCGGAUCGAGUCGUCAUAGAUGGAGGAUUCACUGAAGCUGGUUUCACUCCGGCGACUCAUUAUCAAUACUCCCCAACGGAAUAUAUUCCACCUGGUUCAAUGACUCAAAUUGAGAAUAAUAAUCGAUAUUUAUCCCUCCAUCAGAAUAUUUUCGAAAGAGCUCCAAUGGUUAGUAUAGUCUAA